UCCCCUAUGACAUCACUGCUGGACAAAGCAGCAAGGAGUGGUUACAGUUAAGAGACGCGUCCCAAAUCAAUGGAAGACUCUCACUCUGAAAACACAUCUUACAGCUGUUUCCACCGUCAGGAAGAACUGUUAUCGGCUCAGCAACAGUUUUAGAAGUGCUUUGUGUUGUCCGAGGAAGGAACUAUACUGUGGAAAAAUACAUCGGCUUGUGCUGGUCAGAGAAAAGAGGAGUCCCUGCCGCUGGAUGGUUGGUGCUUUCCAAGUUUCGCCUUCCUAACAUGAGCUGUGUCUGAGUUGAUCUGCAGUUUGAAUCCACCCUGGAAGACCAUGCUGUCCCUCCUGCUGACCGCGAUGAUGGCCCUCCAAACUAUGGCUAUGUUGGAAGUGAACGUCCCGGAGCAGCCAGUGGUGGUGCUGCACGGCAGGGAUGCCGUUCUCAACUGCUCCUUCAGUCCCGCCAGCGCCUAUAACUUGUCCGAUCUGAGCAUCUUCUGGCAGCUGACGGACACCAAACGCAAUGUGCACGGGUACUGGGGGGGGCGCGACCAGCUGGUAGACCAGGCCGAGAGAUUUGCCAACCGUACCAGCAUGUGGCCCGUCCAGCUGGAACUGGGCAACGCCUCGCUCCUGCUGAGCAGCGUGGUGGUGGCGGAUGAAGGCAGCUACACCUGCUUCGUCAGGGUGCAGGACUACGGCAGCGCCGCUCUGCUGCUGCUGGUGGCCGCCCCUUACUCCAAGCCUGUAGUGACGUUGGAGUCUGAAACCAACCUGCGGCCAGGUGAUGAGUUGGCACUAACUUGCGUGGCCUAUGGUGGGUAUCCUGAAGCAGGCGUGAUAUGGCAGGAUGGAGGCGGGCGCAACUUGACGGACAAUAUCACCACUUCACUGGUGGCCAAUGAGGAAGGGUUGUUCGCGAUGAUCAGCGUGCUGACGGUAGUGCUGGAGCCCAACAGCACCUACAGCUGCGGACUGAUCAAUCCACUUCUGGGCGAGGAGGGCUACGCCUUUGUCACAAUCACAGGUCAGAACAUGGCGUUCCCCCCGGUCGCUCUGUGGGUCACUGUUGGCCUGGCCGUCUGUCUGCUGGUGCUGCUCAUCGCCCUGGCUGCUGUCUGCAGCAGGAAGAUCAAGGAGAGCUGCGAGGAGGCCAGGAGAGAAGCUGAAGAGGCCAAGGAACUGGAAGAAGAGGAGUCAAAGACAGCCAUGACGCUCCUGAAUAGCUAAAGUCCAGAGAUAAAAGGAGUCGGGGCCAGACGGCGGGCAGGAGAUGAGUCUGGCGGGUAAUCCCACUCCACCUAUCCAUCAACCUGGAGACUAUUUCCAGCGUCCCCCUACAGAAUGUCAAAGCCUCGCUGAGCAGAAGCUGAGUCCAUCAUCUUCUUUCUAUGACUUUCCCUCGAGUUUCCAUCAAAACACAUAAACACAUCAUGUGCCAUUAUUUUCUAUUGCCCUCUCUCUCUUUUCUGUCAAUGGAGGGCCGCGGCAGUGAGUGAACGCAGUUGUUCUAUGCAGUAUGCAAAAGAGAAGCUCUGUUUGAAAACUACAGGAUGUGACAGGAUCCUUUCUCCGUGGCUGACAUCACUCCGUAUGGGUUGUGAUGGGGCAUGUGCCAGAGAUCUCCUGUCUAAUAGGAAGUGAGACACUUAAAGAGAUGACCCUGCCUCAGUUGCCAUCACUGUCUCUCUGCCAGAGAGGGAGCUUGGCUCUUCCAUUACUCCUGCACUUGCUAAUUAGCGUCUGUCGCUGGAGUAACUUGUACCUGUCAGUGUGCGCCGCUCUCCUAUAUUCAGUAACUUGAGGGAAUUGAAAUUGAAUGCCAGCUAAGCUCCAACAAACUGCAAAUGGUGCAUGGGAUACACCCUGAUUUCCUCACUGACCUGACAGCCUUAUAUGUAAGAAAUAGUUUUUAAUGAACACGUUUUUACUGCUGCUGUGGAAUGUUUCAUCUUUUCCUCACUAGUAGCUGUACUUUUAUUCCAUGUUUUAAGGUACUUGAGCAUGUCCCUGUGCCAUAUGUUCAUGUAUGAAUGCCAAAGCCAUUUGUGUAAGAUAACCCAGUGCCUAUUUACAUAAAAGAGACAUGGUGAAA